CCCCUGUGGCCCCCGGACUCCAUGGCCGCCCGCCUCCGCAACCCCCCGGGGCAGCGCCGCCGCAAGGUCUUCGUGGAGCCCAUCGCCAAGGACGACUGGAAGGUGUUCAAGGGUGACACGGUGCAGGUGCUGGCCGGGAAGGACGCGGGGAAGCAGGGAACGGUCACGCAGGUCGUGCAAGCCCGCAACUGGGUGGUGGUGGAAGGGCUGAACACGCACUAUCGCUACGUCAACCGCACAGCCAAAUACUCCGGCACCUACAUCGCCAGCGAGGCACCGCUGCUGCUCAGCCAGAUCUCCCUGGUGGACCCUGAGGACAGGAAGCCCACGGAGGUGCAGUGGAGGUACACGGAGGAGGGCGAGCGCGUCCGCGUGUCGCUGCGCAGCGGCCGCAUCCUGCCCGUGCCCCCGCAGCCGCGCGAGGACGGCGUCGUCCCCGAGCAGUGGGUCGGUGCCCCCCCCCCCCCCCCCGAGGAGGAGGCGCUGGCCAAGACGUACCGGCCGUCGCUGAAGACCUUUGAGGAGGAGAUCAUGGAUGCCAUGGGGAUCGUGGAGACGCGCCGGCCCAAGAAAUCCUACUGGUAUUAACUGGGGGAGCCCCCUGAGCCGGGUUUCAAUAAACCCCCCUUGAUCCUC